UAAUCCGCAAGAUGGCCACCGGAUUCGAGCAUGGAGGAGGAGGAGGAGGAGCAUAAAAUUCCCCAACCUGGCAAUCGCCUGGAGCCUUCGAACCCUAGCGGGGUAGCCGCCCCGGAUCAGCCGCCGGCGCCGCCCAUCGCCGACGCAGCCGACGCGGGCGCGGCCGCCAUGGCGCCGUUCAGGCGCUGGGCGGACCUGCCGCCGGACCUGCUGUGCCGCGUCGGCGACAGGCUGGACCUCAAGUGCUACGCCAGCGCGCGCGGGGCGUGCACGGCGUGGCGGUCGGCGCUGUCGCCGGCGUCGCCGGCGCUCCUCGUGCUGUCCGACGCCAGGAUGUGCCCCUCGGCGGCGUCCCUCCCGACGCGGCGGUGCUUCGACCUCGCGGCGAUACUGACGGGGGGCAGAUGCGUCGGGUCCAGCAACGGGUGGCUCGUCCUGUCCAUCGCGCUCUACGGCGGGCAGAGCGCGUUCGUGCUCUUCAACCCCAUCACCACCACGGAGAUCGUCCUCCCGCCCCUGAUCUACGAGAGCAGGUGGGUCUCCAAGGUCGUGUUCGCGCCCAGCCCCGCCAAGGACGACUACGCCGCCGCCGCCAUCUGCGACAUCGACAGGAUCGCCUACGUCACCGCGGGCGCCAGGAGGUGGGCCGUCCUCGACCCCGUCCGCCUCGUCACCGGCGACCAGCUCACCGACGUCGUCUACCACGACAAAGGUAAGGUCUACUGCCUCACGAGGUGCGGAGACGUGCACCUGCUCCGCCUCCCCGAGCGCCGUCGCCGGAAACCCGCCGAUGAGCCAGGGCCAUCAGAACAACCACCAGAGGCACCAGUGGUGCCGCUUCCUGAAUGCGCAGUUGCAAUUCGAGCUAGGCGAACCCAACUCCACCACAACUUUCGCAUGGUCUGCUAUGACCAUCUUGGACCAAGGGAUCAGAUGAUGCCGAUGAAGCUCACUGUCUGUUCAGAGACACUCAUCCCUUUCAAUUAUAGGAGGUUCGCGAUCGGACCUCUCGAACCGGACCUAAAUGCGCCGGCGACGGUCGAGCCAUUGUUGCCAGAGGGGAACCUCCCGUUUGAUCCUGCCACCAGUUUCGCUCCGCCAUACAACACCGUGUCUGCUUUUACCAAUGCCAAGAACAUUGUGCUGUGUGAGGGCAACUUGUACCAGAUCUGGAGGAAUGCAAGCUGCACUGUGACUUUGCAGCUGCCCGGAGGCGGUCACCGUCGUGUAUCGGAGAAUGAAAUCUUGGUUCUAAGGUACUACCCCCGUCGCCAGCCGUGCUGGGAUGCUGUGACAGACUUGGGGGGCUACUCAGUGUUUGUUGGGCGGAACAAUGCCGUGUCGAUGUAUGCUGAGGGUGUGCAUGGUCUCAAGGGCAACUGUGUGUACUGGAUUGGUGGGCGUGGUAGGGAUCAGGGCAUGGUGUUCGACAUGGAAACCGGGAGGUCUACGCCUUGCUAUCCUUUGGUUGGUGGCAUGCCAGGGCCUUUGCAAAGCACGAUCUGCUGGUUCUUCUUGAGUGAUAUAGUGAACGCCAGCAACAAUAGUGGAGGAAGGAGAGUUUAUCAGACACGAUCAAGGUCCCGUGCGGAACGUGCACAGGAUAUGGAAGAGUAAUGCGUCGCCAGAUUGCUUGGUGACAUAGUGGGUUUCACCGAUCACGAUGAUAGAAGUUUGAGCUUAUGUACCAUAGCAAAAGUGUGAUCUGAACGUGCAUAAGUUGUGGCAGAGCUGGUGUUUCAAAACUGCCCGUGUAGCCGAUAGUUUAUUGCGAUUUGUUUGUUUUCCAAAUCAAUUUUCUCUGUCUAGUUGUGCUUAUGUAACUCGUAUCAUCCUUAUAUAUUUGUGUAAUGAAACAAUCGCUGUCAUCUUGUUGAGCUUGUAUUCAUCAUAUUAUGAUGGAAUAAGAAAAUGGAUUCUGAAAUA